AUAAAUAAUGUCUACCACUGUCAAAAAUAUGAUAAAGUUAGUCCGAUUCAGUCAAAACCACAGAAGGUGUUCACAACAGGUACGCGCAGGUCUUGUGGUCCAUAUUUCUGUACGCUCUAUGGUCCUCCUCCGUGUUUAGUAUUCUUCCGGUUUCUUUAUUUCACCACUCUCUCUCCUUUUCCCGACGCAACAUCACCAAAGUAAACAGUAACCAAAGUUACUUCGGACAAGAUGUCGGCAGCGUCAGCUUUCGCAAAGAGCUUCACAUGCAGUGUGAAUAUACCGCGUCCUUCACAGCUUCUGCAAAUGCAGAAGUCAUGUCUAACUUACAGAAGGCUGCUCGCCUGCACGCAGCCAGGUGCAGAAGAUAUAAAACCACUCGACGGCAUUAAAAUCUUGGAUAUCACAAGGGUUCUGGCUGGUCCCUUUGCAACUAUGAUCCUGGGAGACCUUGGUGCUGAGGUGAUUAAAGUGGAGAGACCAGGUGGUGGAGAUGACACCAGGGCGUGGGGCCCCCCAUUCGUUGGGAGUGAGAGUGCUUAUUUUCUUAGUGUCAACCGGAACAAAAAGAGCAUUGCUGUAAAUAUGAAGGAUCCAAGAGGAGUAAAGCUAAUUUUGGAGCUUGCGGAAGUUUGUGAUGUCUUUGUUGAAAAUUACCUCCCAGGCAAGCUAGCCCAGAUGGGUCUGGGGUAUGAUGAUGUUCAGAAGGUGGCUCCCAGAUUGGUGUAUUGCUCAAUCUCAGGAUAUGGGCAGACUGGACCGAUGUCCCACAAACCCGGGUAUGACUCCAUCGCCUCUGCUGUGUCAGGAAUGAUGCAUAUCACAGGGCCGGAGGGUGGGGAACCAGUCAGACCUGGUGUAGCAAUGACUGAUCUGGCGACUGGGCUGUACACACAUGGGGCCAUCAUGGCUGCUCUUCUGCAGAGACAAAAAACAGGGAGGGGCCUUCACAUCGACUGUAACCUGCUCUCCUCUCAGGUGGCGUGUCUCACCCACAUCGCAGCGAACUAUCUCAACGCUGGUAAGGAAGCCAGACGGUGGGGUACUGCACACGAGAGCAUUGUUCCAUAUCAGGGCUUCAAAACCAAAGAUGGGUACCUUAUUGUGGCAGCUGGUAAUGAUCAGCAGUUUGUCAAAGUAUGCAAGGUUUUGAAUUUGACCAACUUGGCAGAAGACCCCAAGUACAAAACCAACAAGCUGAGAGUGCAAAACCGGAAAGAACUGUUGCAGAUUCUGUCUGAGAGAUUCUCAGAAAAGAGCACAGGCGAUUGGCUGGGAAAGUUUGAGGAGACCGGUGUGCCCUGCGGCCCAAUCAACAGCAUCCAGCAAGUCUUCUCUGAUCCACAGGUCCUCCACAAUUGCCUAAUCCAGGAAAUGGUCCACCCUACUGCCGGGAAGAUUGCUGUACCAGGCCCAGCAGUACGAUUCAGCAGCUUUAAGAGCAGAAAGCCUUCAUCCCCACCGCUGAUUGGACAGCACACUGUGCAGGUUUUGAGGAACACACUGAACUACAGUGACGAAGCCAUAAAUAAGCUGCUAAAAGCAGGGACAGUCUCUCAGAAUGAGGUGCAGUAAAGAUCAGACAAAGAGUGAGGAGAGCAUAUCACAACCCUGUGGGGACCCAAUGAGUACAUCUGUCUGUCUGAGAAAACCAUAUUAUAAAACCACACAUAAAUUCCAUGGUCGGGCUGUGUUAAAAUUUGGGGAAAUAGAAAAUGUUGCAUUACCUCUUGAACCCACGGUACUUUGAAGAUGGACAUGGCUUUGUAAUUAAUUUGACUGAGCAAGGCUUGGAGAUCAAAAAUAAGCGUGACAGUAAUAAGAUAAUGUCCAAAACAGACCAAAUGAAACCGUUUCCUCUGUCAUUGAGAUGGAAUUACAGAAUCACUUCAUUGUAUUGAGCGAACACUGCAUCUGUCUUUCCAUUCUCCAAUGAACUCCCUUCCUGCAGAUUUCAUGCUACUCUUUUUGAUCAACUAAAUGUACCUUUGGCUCAAAUAUGAUUGCUUUUAACUCAGCGGUUAUAGCCAUGCAUAUUGAAAGAGAAUGGAAUGUCGGACAAGCACAUGGUAUGAUUGCAUCCAUGCCUGUAAAACAAUCACUUUUUUCAAUUUAAAUGUCCUUCAUUUGACAUUGCAUUUAAAAUUCCAUUAUAUCAUGUUGUCAUGUUGUGGAUUAUAUAACAUGUUAAGUCACAUAAGUUGCAUGUA